GUAAACAACUCUUGAUUAGGUUUAGUACAUAACAUGAGUUUGAAUUGGUUGUGUUUGUUUGUAGUACGCAGUGAAGAACUUGCAAUUUGCUAUGACAAUUGAGCCAGAUAAUUUGAGGAUACAGCAGAAACUAACAUGGGCUAAGAAUCAGAACCAAGCUGGCCAACCCACAACUCCCUCCACCAUUCAGGAAGAAAUGGAAACCAACCCAUUUAUGAGGGUUCACCUACCUCAGAUUCAGGAGAAAGUAGGCUGCAAGUCUCCAAUUGAAGCUUUGAGAGAGUUAAGGAAGCUCAAAGACAAGUGGAUGAUGGGGUAGUGGUGUUAUUAUUGUCUAUAGUAAUAUGUGUUGGUGAAAACUGAAAAAGAGAUACGAGAUAGUUGUCGUGUUUGCACAAUGUAUGUUACGUUGGUUAGUCUAAUGCUAAGAUGUUCCAUUUCAUUCAUGUUAUAUACUUGUGAACU